UUUUCCAACAGGAUGUGGCUCCAAACCACACAUCAGAAAAGAAAUGGGCUGUUGUUUCAGCCAUGACUCCAGCAGUGAGGAACUCAUCAGACCUCAUAGACCACAAACAAACUAUGGGGCCACCAGCAGCUUUCAACCACAUGUGGCCAGUAACAACAACACAAUUGUGUCACCUUCCUAUUUACAAGCACACAUCAGCAAUAUCCACCAAGCACCAACUUCCACAAACAGACUGACGAGAUCACAAUGGAGAAACCAGGAACAAGUCAGCCAUAAUAGACCAAAACCAUACUUUGAGGCAUACAGCAGGCUUCAACCAUUUGUAACUGGCACCAAUAACACGACUGUAUCAUCUUCUUCUUUACGAGCACAUAACUGGAAUUCCUAUCAUGCACCAACUUCUAGGAACUAUUCUAGAUUGGCAAGUUCACAGCGCAUUGUUAAUCGCAGUCACUCAAGUUAUUCUCUAGUCAAGACUGUGGAGUCUACAUUGCACAAAACUAUCUUACAAUUAACUGUUGAGUGGGACCAUAUGAAUGCCAGCUCAGAAUUUGAGCUGUGUUUGUUGCUUUCUGACACUACUGAAUAUGAAGAAAUACUGAGGUUAUUCAAAAAGACCACACAGAAGCAAUUCAUGGUUGAGAAAAUUUACAGGGUUCAGAAUCCAUACUUGUUGGGAUGUUACUUACUAAAGAAACAAGAAAUGGAAUCAAGGUAUGGUUAUGUUGCUGAGGAGUAUUUAUUUCAUGGUACCAAAGAAGAAAACAAAGAUAAAAUUUGCAGAAAUAAUUUUGACUGGAGGAAUCAUGGCAGAUCAGCAGGCAACACUUUUGGGAAAGGUGUUUCAUUUACACCUAUUUCUUGUUAUGCCAGUCAUUAUUCAGAUAAACAUAACUCUCAGAGACUCAUGUUUGUAUCAAAGGUUCUAAUUGCACAUGAAACUGUAGGUCACAAGAGUAUGAAAAUACCACCUCUUCUAUUUGCUUAUAGGCAGUGCCUUAGAUAUGACACUACUACUAAAGAAAAUCGCCAUGUUAUUGUAAAAUACUCUGAUAAUGAGUUCUAUCCUGCAUAUAUUGUGUAUUACACAGGACAAUAUGAGAAGAAGGAACAGGGACAAUUAAGACUGUAAUGCAAAACUUGCAAUUUUCCCCAGGAGGUGUAUUUUUAAGAUGAGUUAACAUGCAUUAACAGAUUUUAUAAAAAAUGUAGUGUGU